UAUGGAUAAACCAUCUAGCUCUUCACCAAAAAAAAAGAAGACUAGAGGUGUCACAGCAUUGCUACGUUUCAUUGCCAAACUUCCUGAUGGUGAAAAAUACCAAAUUGAUUUUGAUCCUGAUACCUUCCAACCCAUUGGUCAGUAUGCUGCAAAGUUUAAAAGUUAUUUGUCAUUCAUUGCACGUAGCAAGGUUAGUAUAAAUGAAAAGCAAUGGAAAAAGAUAAGCGAUAAGUUGAAGGACGUGAUAUGGGACGAUAUCACGUGUAAGUUCACUUGCCCCACUGAUAAAGAAUUUAGGAAGCAUUGGUUUGUUUAUAUGGGGGAACGAUUGAAGCAAUUUAAGACAUUGCUCUCAAAUGUCUAUAUAUUUGGGAAAGGAGAUAAGCAUGGAAAUACAACUCCAUUUGAAAAGUAUAAAUUUAUCAAAGAAGAAGAUUGGGAUUUGUUUGUCCAGACUCGACAAAAAGAAGAUUUUCAAGAGAAAAGGCUAAAAGGAAAGACACAUGCAUCAAAGAAUAUCCACCCUCAUAUUUUGUCUCGUGGUGGUUAUGAAAAACUUAGGGCCACCGUAAUGGAAGAGAGGAGGAAAAAAGUGAUUGAAGAGGCCAAAGGUGAUGAAAGUUUGAUGGUUGACCCUCCCGAACUAAAGCGAUAUGAGGCAUGGUUGAUGGCUCGACAGAAGCCAUCGGGAAAUUUUACAUCUGAGGCAACAAACUUAGUAGCAUCUAAGAUUGGAGAGUUAGUGGAAAAAAAUACACAAGGUACUAUUGUCUUUGAAGGGCAUGACGAUAUCUUGACUGUUGCCCUUGGAAUAAAUGAACACCCUGGUCGGAUCCGCACUGCUCCUAGGGGUGUGGGCUUUAAGAAAUUCUAUGGAAAAAGUUCACGCUCCACCUUAGGAGGUGUCUCUCAAGAUGACCUUCUAGCCCACCUUCAAGCCUUGGAGCAAAAAAUGAAUAUAGAUUUCCAACAUAAAUUACAAAAACAUCUCCAACAACAAAGAACAGAGCUCCAACAACAAAUGCAAAAAGAGAUGCAAGAGGAGAGAGCUCAAAUCCAACAAGGAAUGAAACUCCUACAACAGAUGCAAUUGGAGCUCCGCUCCGAGAGGCCUAAAGAGAUGUUUAUAAAAGAGGUAUGCGUAACUGGAUACAAUUAAUCUACUAAAAAUUAGAAAAAAAUUAAUUUAAUUAAUGUUCACUUGAUACAGCAUG